CUAUCGACCUGUUGUACUGGCGUGACAUCAAGCAGACAGGGAUCGUGUUCGGCAGCCUCCUGUUGCUGCUCUUCUCCCUGACCCAGUUCAGCGUCGUCAGUGUCGUGGCCUACCUGGCCCUUGCUGGCCUCUCGGCCACCAUUAGCUUCAGAAUCUACAAAUCAGUCCUACAGGCCGUGCAGAAGACGGAUGAGGGCCACCCCUUCAAAGCCUACUUGGAGAUGGAAAUGAAUCUCUCACAGGACCAGAUUCAGAAAUACACAGACUGUCUCCAGCUAUACGUCAACAGCACAGUCAAAGAGCUGAGGAGACUCUUUCUCGUUCAGGACCUCGUGGACUCUUUAAAAUUUGCAGUACUAAUGUGGCUGCUGACUUACGUGGGAGCCCUCUUCAAUGGCUUGACUCUUCUGAUAAUGGCUGUGGUGUCUAUGUUUACUCUGCCCGUUGUAUAUGACAAGUACCAGGCACAGAUUGAUCAAUACUUGGGACUGGUGCGGACCCACAUAAACACUGUUGUGGCAAAGAUUCAAGCUAAAAUCCCAGGUGCCAAGAGAAAGGCAGAAUAAAGCAGAUAUCAAGAAUUCAUCGACUACAGUAGUGAAUAAUGGGGGAAUCUGGAGUGAAACAACUCUGUUCUUACACUUUACUGCAAAUCUAUCGUUCUUUUUUUUCUCGACACCAUAAUCUUAGAAACAUAAAAUUUGGAAGCAGAGCUUUUCCCCUGCUGCUUCUGCACUUAGAAUCAACCACUUGUGUCAAGCACUAAAGUAUAGUAAAGAGAAAAGUGUACUAGAUGUGUUUUUUUGUGUUGCUUAUAAAGUGCAUGAUGGUGAGAGCCUGAAUAAUAUUGACCUUUUUUAUUUUAUUUUUUUAGUGUUUUUCCUUCUUCUAUUGGCAUUGCUUCUAUAACUUUUAAUGUUACAUGUGGCUAGGGGCUUUCCUGCUUAGCGCACUGAUGCAAUAGUUAAAAUUGCUUCUACGUCACUGGGUUGCUGGUUGGAUUCAUCUUUAUUAACUAUAUAGAAUUGUAGACUGAUGUUUUAGUGUUUUCCAGCACAAAUAAACAGUAAUCGGUACUUAUGGUAAUUGGUUUUGUAUAACUCAAAAAAAUGAAAACAAAACCCAGUACUUUUGUCGUAAGGGAUUGACAGGCUGAUUUACAUGUAUGGUAACUGGAAAGUUCCAGCAUGUUAAAUUUAUUACAAUUUGUAUUACAUUCUCUGUAGUUCCUAAUGGACUUAGUUAUGGAUUCUGAAUAUUUGCAUUUACGUACUUGAUACCGAAUGCAGAAAUAAAUGUUACUAAAUGUAAAAA